AUGGCAUUCCCUAGAACUGAUAGUAUCUCCUGGUGGCUCUACCGAGACGCUUCGUGCUCGGCAACUGCUGCAGUGUUCCACGGACGUUUCGAUCUGUCGCUCGUGCAACGACCGACACGACGUCGAACGAGUGAAUACGCACCAAACAGUUCUUCGGAUCAUUCGCUCGCGACGCUGCAAACGACGGGACUGCAACUCGUUCCAGAAGUUCAGAGUCACGUGUGGGACCUCUUGGACCGACGCUCCCGUCUUUGUGAUCCGCAACAGCGUACACCACUAACGACCAGACCAAUGGACGAGGUCGAGGUCUUUCCCGUGGCUGUGAAAAGCCUGAGCUUAAGUGCUGAAGCUGCUGCAGAGCGAGGACUAAGCGAAGACAAGGCCCUGCUGUAUUGCAAGUUGCAGCUGAACCCGAUCUCGCGCUGUGGCGCUGGGGCUGCCAAGACAGAGGACCGCCGACAGGAGAACGACUGGUUCUCGUGGAAACUACAGCGGGCAGAAGAGUACCGAAGACGUGGGAACGAGGCGUUCAAACGAGAGAGCUACUGCUUGGCGGUGCAGCUGUACACGCGAGCGUUGGCAUGGCUCGAGCCACCAGCUGCUUGGUCGGAGACGACUCUACCUACCAAGGGACAGUACUCGCUCGAGGAGCUCCAACAAGUCAACCAUGUGGCUAUCGCGUGCUAUGCCAACAUGGCAACGAGCUAUUCCAAGAUUAACGGUGACAAAGACGUUGACCGCUGUAUCACUGCAGCGUCAAGUGCACUGGCCAUCGAUGACGCACACGUAAAAGCUCGCUACCGCCGAAGCCAGGCGUGCGUCCAGUCAAAAGCGUUUGACUUGGCACUAGCAGACCUCACGAAGCUGCUCGAGCUCGACCCAGCCAACAACUUAUUCCGAGCUGCAUUCGCUCGAGCGCGACACGCAAAGACACAGUUCUGCAAGAAGCAGCAAAACGCGUUUGCCAAUCUCUUCAGCGAGUAG